AUGGAGCGACUCGCUGUGGAGAGGAUGGGGUUGGAGUUCGUUUCAACAAAAGAGCACUACCAUGUCAAGGUGGUCGACAAGCAGGGAGUGGUUUCCAAGAUGUCUUGCAAAUGCACUUUGCAAGAAGAUGGGAAGCUUGCAAUCGACAAGAUUGAAUUGAACCAGAUACGACCCUUAUUGGAAGAUGUAUCCUGCCUGUCGAAAGAUCUUGAUUUAAGGCUGAUGUUGAAUACGAAUAGGAUCCUAAUAGACCCUGAAGUGGAAAAUGCCAUCAAGAGCUUAGUGUCUUCAGCUAUUGUUGAUCCUAAUGCCAGAGGGGGGCUUAGACGGCCACUUGGGAACAAGUGGAUUGAUCAGAGGUUCAGCAUAGCUGGAGUGUGGCAUACAAACUACAAGGCUUUUGAGAAUAAAUCCUUAAAGAUGUAUCUAAGGCAUACUGGUCGGUUUGUCCAAGGGAGCUCCACUAGAGAGGUUUCCAAUGAAGUUAGCUUCAAAUUAACUGGCAUAUCCAAGAGACUUCAGGACGGUGGCAAUCAAGAGGUGGACACUCUAAAAGGGAUGCUAGAGUCUGCGGUGCGGAUGAUCUGGGACUAUGCUUUGAGUUAUCAUAAAUCUUAG